CAAGUAAUUCCCCAAUAUAUGUCGAGUUAGUAUGUUGUUUAGCUCAUGUAGUGUUGUAAUAUAUGCCGACUACAUUCAUUGAAAAACAUUAAUCUUAGUGACAGAAUUGUUAUUGUAUAAUUAUUGAGACCAAAUUGCCCCAUUUUUGAGGAUCAAAAACUAAAUUUACUCAUUUCAAUGGUUGUUUUUUUUUGUGUUUCAGGCCAUGCCAUCUCCCACCACCGGGAGUUUCGCCAUGCUUCCACCUCUCACUUAUAAAGGAUCAAUGCUCACUUCUGUCAAACAUGAACAAGAGAACGUGGAUGUGCCUACCGCCUCCGAUUUUGCUGCCUCUUUCAAUUUCAAGCAUCAAGCUAACUUGGAUGCUGAUUCUUUAUCUCCAUAUUUUGCUUCUCUAAAUCAGGUUUCUAAUAAUCGCCACAUGAUGAAUGGAGGAGGACAUAGAGACGGCCAAAUGCUUGUUCAAGGUCAACAACUGUUAGAUUUUUCAUUCCCACAAGGUUUUUCAAGUGAAUAUUUAGCUAGAAAUAGUGGAGUCCAUUUCUACAAUGAUGUGAAAAUGGUAGAUGACGUGAUUGUCAAUACCAAUAAUGUUGACAUACCCAUAUCUCGUUCCGAAGAAGCUAGCGAUGAAAGCACUCUGCCUGAAAAUUCUAUCCACAGCGAGGAUAUCGGACAACAUCAUGUCUUAGAAGCAGAACAGAAAGAGAUGUCUCAUGCAGCAGGAGCAAAGACCUCAGAGGAUGGUUAUAAUUGGAGAAAAUAUGGCCAAAAACAAGUAAAAGGUAGUGAAUAUCCGAGAAGCUACUACAAAUGUACUCAUUCUAAUUGUCAGGUCAAGAAAAAGGUGGAAAGAUCACACGAUGGCCACAUAACAGAAAUUAUUUACAAGGGUAAUCAUAACCAUGCAAAACCACAUUCAAGUCGCCGAGGAUCAGUACCUUCUAGUGAUGAGAUAUCAGAAAAUGCUGAAGCCAAUGAAACAUGUGAUAGAGUUGAUGCUGAUUCGGUAUGGGGAAACAUUCAGUCAUGGGGGAAAGAUGCAAAACACAAUCCGGAACGGAAGCCUGAUGGUCAAGAAAGGACAUCCCCGCCUUCUGGUGUGACCGAGCUUUCAGAUCCUAUGAAGAGAGCUAGAUCUCAAGGUAUGUUUGAAUCGGACAACGCUCCGGAGCAUUCUUCAGCACUUGGUAAUCAUGAUGGUGAUAAAGAUGGAGCCACUCAAGCAGUCCUAUCACCUGAAAACAAUCCUGAAGAUGCCGAUUCAGAAUCGAAAAGAAGGAAGAAGGAGAGCUACCCGGUUGAAACAAUGGUGCCUCCGAGGGCUGUUCGUGAGCCACGAGUGGUAGUCCAAAUUGAGAGUGACAUCGACAUACUUGAUGAUGGUUAUCGCUGGCGAAAGUAUGGACAGAAGGUUGUCAAAGGGAAUCCAAACCCAAGGAGCUACUACAAAUGCACAAGUGCUGGAUGUACUGUAAGGAAACAUGUGGAAAGGGCUUCACACAAUCUAAAGUAUGUUCUUACAACUUAUGAGGGAAAACAUAACCACGAGGUUCCCGCUGCUAGAAAUAACAAUCAUAUAAGCUCAAGUGAUGUUGGUUUAUCUUCUACUUGUGCUAAUGUCAUACCUGGGAGUGCCGUUAUCCCAAAAUCUGAAACUCAUCAAACUCUUCCAUCUCAUUUCGAUAGAAAACCUGAAUUUAGCAAUGAUUUCCUGAGAUCAAGUUUGAUGGGAAAUUUCAGUAAUGAUAUGAAGUUUGGACCUUCCUCCAUAUCUCAAAUGAAUUACUCUUCCUUGAAUAAUAUCAUACCUUAUGGCGCCUAUGGAACGAGCCCUGACCAUGUUGCUGUGCCUCAAACAGGACCUAUUGCUUCAAUGUUCCCUGAAUUUCAAAUGCCGCUACCGCUGAAUCUUCCCUCGUCUGGAAAUUAUGCUCUAGCUGGAAUUAAUUUUAACUAUGCAAGACCUAUGAGUUCUAUUCAGUCUUAUCUUUCAGGACAGCAGUUGAGGGAUAUGGAUACAGGAUUCUUAAGGCCUAAACAGGAGGUGAAGGAAGAAUCUUCAUAUGCUGCAUGUGCACCUUCUCUUGAUCAUGCAAGUACCUCACACACUCCACCAUAUGCUGCAUGUGCACCCUCUCUUGAUCAUGCAAGUACCUCACACACUCCACCAUCACCAUCACAAUCCAUCUAUCAAUGUGUCAUGCAAAAUUUCCCUUCAUAAUCUCAUUUUUAUAGCUAUUAGCAACAACAGGUUUUGGUUUUCUUAGUUUUGGAAGGUCUUUAGCCAAUCAUUAUCAUUUUAAAUUUUCUAGAUACUCAUUGAAACACACUAGUGUCUUUAUACAAUUUCCAUACCAAUAUUUUGGUAGGUUAAUCUUGUUUGUCAUGUCAUUGUUGCUAUUUCAAAUAACUUGUAACUAGUUAUUGGUAGGUGAUUUUGUUACUUGAAAAGUAUCUAUAUUAUCGGACAAAAUGAA